UUGACUCUACGGGGCCUUUCACUCUACCUCUCAGCUCCACUCUCUCUCCCCCAUCGACCAGAGAGGCAAGAGACCCAAAACUUUGCCAUUGCUCUUUCUCUAUAUCACCGAUUUCGCCAUACUCUCUCUCUCUCUCUCUCUCUCUCUCUCGCACACACACACUUACCCUCUCUCUGAUUGCUACUGAUUCCGGCGAGGGUUUGCUUCUAUUUUUUGGGCGAAAUUCAGGUAGCUUCCGAUCUCCAUUUUCCGGUAGAUUUCAGUUGAGAGUGAUGAGGUGUUAAGGAUGAGUAUAGUCAUCCUUGGUUCCACAUAUGAAACCAAGUAUGGAACUUUGCCAUUUUCAACCCUUUCUCCAUCACCAUUGGAGCCCCUAGUUGUAAAAUUGGUGCCAUCAUAUGGGCAUAGAACCAAUUAUACAACCGAUUGUAGUUGCUCUAAUCGCGUGAUGCUACUGUUUCCCUGUUAGAUUCGAAUAUGUCUCUCUCCCUCUCUCUCCUUCUUCUUCCCUCUCCUUGUUGUUUUUCUUAUGAGAAAUUGAGAUUCUUAAACAGAAUAUGUUACUAUAGGGUGUAGUGAAAAACCACAACUUCAGGUGUGAUCCAUUCAAGAUUCAACUCAGAAGAAGGAAUAUUAUACAUUAAUGGGCUUUUCUUUUUAGCGACCUGAACUGGUGGCUCUCCAGGCUUCUGUCCGGGCCGGGCCUGGUAUAUCCUUGUUAUAUUCUCGACUCUCUGGGUGGCGAAUCAUUACAUUUGUUAUUUCGAGCAAAAUUCACUGUACCCUUUGGGAAAUUUGCCUUGGAACAUCCCCAAUUUUAAAGUGGAAAUUAGUAUAGUCCUGCCGUAUGUGAAAAUUGAUGAUUUAGUUGAUUUUCGCAUAAUCUGGUCCGAACACCACUGUUGUACCGAAAAAAGAAGAAGACAAUUUGACCUUAGCUGGGUGCAACGAUAGUCAACUGGGCUAGUGCCUUAUUGGUUUUCCCUUUACUUAUCUCAACUAAACUGAAACCUUUAUAUGAUCCUCCGGAUCAACACAGUAAGUCCACACCACUCAACCACCAUCCUGAUUAUAGCACGACUGAUUAUAGCUUAACUCUUUUCGACCAUCAUCAUUAUCAUAGCCAGCAGCACCAUCGUUUGCAUAGCUGGCAACUAUAUGCGAAAAACCAUUCUCAGGAAAUGGUUUAUCGUGGGAAGCAUAUUCCAUCAAAACAAAUGGAGCAUAAUCUAUCUCUACUUUGGCCCAAAAUAAAAGAGAAUCAACUUAUGGUGGAAAUAACAUUAUGACAUGUUGUUCCUUAGCUAAACAUAUCUAUGUCAUACUCCCGAUAAAUUGUUGAUUCUUUGAUUGGCAAAUCAUGGCUUCAAUCUUCUUUCAACCCCAUAAAAGUCCCCACGUCUUUUUAUCCUCCUUCAGGCAUUUACCAGUUAUGCACUUAAGUUUUGCUAUCUUGUUCACAUUCCGUUUUAUUCAAAUGAUUAUUUUACACUAGUCUGUUUGUGGCUUAUGUACACAUUUGGUGGUGGUGGUGUUUUGAAGACCACUCAAUACUCAAGAGAUGGUUUUCUUGUGCUGGACUCGCCCAUCUUCUCAAGAACAGAAGGCUUGCAUUAUAAAGUCUGGGGACUUUAACUAUGACUCUAAACACAGAGGAGCUAGUGCGAAGUCUGCAUCUUCACUUCAACAAGAUAUGGAGCUCUCAAAAAAUGGUUUCUCACUCAAUCAUGCACGCAUUUUGGUGGGUUCAGGGCUUGAGACAUAUGAAAAGGGAAAAACUGCUCUUCAAACAUGGAGGCAUUUCGGAUUAGAGUGGGCAUUUGUCGAUCCCAAGACUCCAAUUCAAAGUGGGGUGAAAUUCUGUGCUUGUGUAAAAGAAUUUUUCCCCUGGCUCAUGAUGCCUCUUCAGGUGGUGUAUGUUAAUGAGGAAAAGAAAACUAAAAAGGCUGGUGCCUCUUUUGGUUUUGGAAGUGGCACCCUUCAAGGACACUUAUUGGGUGGGGAAGAACGCUUCUCGAUUGAGCUUGAUGAGAACAACCAAGUCUGGUAUGAAGUACUCUCCUUCUCAAAGCCGGCUCACUUUCUCUCUCUCAUUGGGUACCCAUAUGUACAUCUUAGGCAAAAGUAUUUUGCUCACCAAUCUACUGAAGCAAUCAAGAAACAUUUGUCUCCUGUAUCUUAGUAACCAACCUCAUUGUAUAUUUGCAUAUGAAAGUUCUGGCGUUGCAAAAGCCUCUCUUUCUUUACAUGAUACCCUGAACUAGAACUGGCAAACAGUUUAUGAAAUAUUACUCUGUUAUUAGAAAGCACAUUUUAUUCAA